AAAAGAUUUCUCGCUCCAGCGAACUAAAACCGACGACGACUGGCCGGAAAAUCCUCGCAUCGAUACGGACGAAAGAAAUAGCUAUCGGCCCCCUAAACCCUAUUCUCUCUCUUCAUCUCUCUCGAUCUCUCGAUCUCGAUCGUGCGAUCAGAGGUUUUGCAGCUCGUUUUCUUGAAGAUCGAGCGGGGAUUUUUCUCUCUUUCUUUCCCCACGGUGAUUUCAGAUCAUUAUUUGUCAGGACGAGUUCAAGUCUCCUGAAUGUGUUCUUGAUGUGAGGCAUUCUGCUGCUGAAAUUUCUCCAUUUCCCGCACUGUCAUACGGCGACCACUUGUUUACUGGAGCAACCAAUGUUAGAUCCGUUCUGUUGGAGCUGAAAUCUGUAAAAGAUGCCACGGGCGGGGCGGAUCAGGACGAAGCUCCAGUGGAGCAACCUCUACACAUUCUCUUGUCUCCGUCCUAGUGUCUUGGAGUCAGAGGGCCCGCAUUCCCUCCAAGGACCUGGAUUCACCAGGGUCGUCUACUGCAACCAACCCAGGGUCCACCGCAAGAAGCCCCUGAAGUACCCCACGAAUUACAUAUCGACCACAAAGUAUAAUAUAGUCACAUUCCUGCCCAAAGCAAUCUUUGAGCAGUUCCGUCGAGUCGCUAAUCUGUACUUCCUCUUGGCUGCAAUCUUGUCACUCACACCUGUUGCUCCCUUUUCCGCCGUGAGCAUGAUCGCCCCAUUGGCCUUUGUUGUCGGGCUUAGUAUGGCAAAGGAAGCUUUGGAAGACUGGCGUAGGUUUAUCCAGGACAUGAAGGUCAAUAGCAGAAAAGUUAGUAUUCAUAAAGGAGAUGGGAAGUUUGGAUACAAAUCAUGGCAGAAGAUACGGGUUGGAGAUGUGGUGAAGGUCGAGAAAGACCAGUUCUUUCCUGCUGACUUGCUUUUGUUGUCUUCAAGCUAUGAGGAUGGGAUCUGCUAUGUGGAGACCAUGAAUUUGGACGGUGAAACGAACUUGAAAGUCAAGAGGUCUUUGGAGGUAACAUUUCCACUGGAUGAUGAUGGGACAUUCAAGGAUUUCACUGGGAUGAUCCGAUGUGAAGACCCAAACCCUGACCUUUACACAUUCGUGGGUAAUUUUGAGUACGAGCGGCAGGUUUAUGCUCUUGAUCCUAAUCAAAUUCUCCUCAGAGACUCAAAGCUUAGGAACACUUCUUAUGUUUAUGGGGUGGUGAUAUUCACGGGUCAUGACAGCAAAGUUAUGCAGAAUGCGACAAAGUCCCCCUCUAAAAGGAGCACAAUUGAGAAGAAAAUGGACCACGUCAUAUAUAUCCUAUUUACCCUUCUGGUUCUGAUCUCGCUAAUCAGCUCGAUCGGCUUUGCAGUGAAGACGAAGUUUGGGAUGCCAAAAUGGUGGUAUUUGCAACCACAGCAUACGACAAAUCUGUAUGAUCCAACAAGGCCAGCCUUAUCGGGCAUCUUCCACCUAGUCACAGCUCUCAUCCUCUAUGGAUAUUUAAUACCCAUUUCACUUUAUGUUUCGAUUGAGGUGGUAAAGGUCUUGCAAGCAACAUUCAUUAACCAAGACAUUCAAAUGUAUGAUGAGGAAAGUGGAAACCCUGCACAAGCACGGACAUCCAAUCUGAACGAGGAGCUUGGGCAGGUUGAUACCAUCCUGUCGGAUAAAACGGGCACUUUGACAUGCAAUCAGAUGGAUUUUCUUAAAUGUUCUAUUGCUGGUGUUCCAUAUGGCGUGGGUUCAAGUGAAGUAGAAAUUGCUGCAGUGAAGCUGAUGUCAGUUGACCAUGAUGGGCAGAAUUCAGAAUCAUCUAAUGUACAUGUGCAGGACAGCAGCAGCCAUGAUUUUUGGGGAAACAGUGGAAGUAAUCAUGGGGUUUCGGAAAUUGAAUUAGAAUCUAGGUCUACUCCUAAGAUUGGAAAGUUAAGGAAGUCUCCUAUAAAAGGAUUCAGCUUUGAAGAUGAUCGCCUCAUGGAUGGGAAUUGGUUAAAAGAGCCCAAUGCAGAUACCAUUCUGUUAUUCUUUAGGAUACUGGCAGUCUGUCAUACAGCUAUUCCUGAGCCGAACGAGGAAACUGGCAGUUUCAAUUAUGAAGCGGAGUCACCGGAUGAAGGAGCUUUCCUUGUUGCAGCGAGGGAGUUUGGGUUCGAGUUCUGCAAAAGAACACAGUCAAGCGUGUCCGUUCGAGAAAGAUAUACUUCUUCUGGACAUCCAAUUGAAAGGGAGUUCAAAAUUCUCAAUCUAUUAGAGUUCAAUAGCAAAAGGAAGCGAAUGUCUGUAAUUAUGCAGGAUGUGGAUGGUCAGAUUCUUCUUUUGUGCAAAGGUGCAGACAGCAUCAUAUUGGAUCGGCUAUCAAAACAUGGAAGAACAUAUGAGGAGGAUACAAAUAGGCAUCUAAAUGAAUAUGGAGAAGCAGGCUUGCGAACAUUAAUGCUUGCAUACAGGAAACUUGAAGAGCCCGAGUAUUCUGCUUGGAACAGUGAGUAUCUCAAGGCAAAAACUACCAUAGGGCCUGAAAGAGAUGCCCUUCUUGAGCGGGUUGCAGAUUUGAUGGAGAAGGAUUUGAUUCUUGUGGGUGCAACUGCUGUGGAGGACAAAUUGCAGAAGGGGGUUCCUGAGUGCAUAGACAAACUAGCACAAGCUGGGCUGAAGAUCUGGGUGCUAACAGGUGACAAGAUGGAAACUGCAAUCAACAUAGGAUUUGCAUGCAGUCUGCUUCGUCAAGGCAUGAAACAGAUUCUCAUAGCCCUGACUAACACCGAUGCCAACAAGGCUGCAAAAGAUAAUAUUCUGUUGCAAAUCACAAAUGCCUCUCAAAUGAUCAAGCUGGAAAAGGAUCCUCAUGCUGCUUUUGCUCUAAUUAUCGAUGGGAAAACCUUAGACUAUGCUUUGGAUGAGGAGCUCAAGCUUCAAUUUCUUGGUUUGGCGGUUGAUUGUGCAUCGGUAAUAUGCUGCAGGGUCUCCCCAAAGCAGAAGGCCAUGGUGACUAGGUUGGUAAAAGAAGGAACGGGAAAGACCACAUUAGCAAUCGGUGAUGGUGCAAAUGAUGUUGGCAUGAUUCAAGAAGCAGACAUUGGUGUUGGGAUUAGUGGUGUGGAAGGAAUGCAGGCUGUUAUGGCUAGUGACUUCUCUAUUGCUCAGUUCCGGUUUCUGGAGCGACUACUUGUCGUCCAUGGGCACUGGUGCUAUAAGAGGAUUGCCCAAAUGAUCUGCUAUUUCUUCUAUAAGAAUAUAGCCUUUGGCCUCACCCUUUUCUACUUCGAGGCAUACACUGGCUUUUCUGGGCAGUCCGUCUAUGAUGAUUGGUACAUGCUUCUGUUCAAUGUCAUUCUCACAUCAUUGCCUGUCAUAUCUCUGGGAGUCUUUGAGCAAGAUGUUUCUUCUGAAGUCUGCUUACAGUUUCCAGCACUAUACCAGCAAGGGCCAAGGAAUCUGUUCUUCGAUUGGUACAGGAUAUUCGGUUGGAUGGCAAAUGGUGUCUAUGCAUCGGUUGUCAUAUUCUUCCUCAACAUUGGCAUCUUAUAUGACCAGGCAUUUCGUGCCGGAGGUCAGACCUCUGACAUGGCGGUCGUCGGGGCAAUCAUGUUCACCUGCAUCAUCUGGACUGUCAACUGCCAGAUCGCACUCACAAUGAGCCAUUUCACUUGGAUCCAGCACCUCUUCGUCUGGGGCAGCAUCUGCACUUGGUAUGUCUUCCUUCUCCUCUAUGGCAUGUCGUCACCGAUAUUCUCGGGGAAUGCCUACCGGAUCCUCAUAGAAGCUUUGGCGCCUUCACCCAUCUACUGGGUCAUUACACUUCUGAUAACUGUCGCAUGCAACAUCCCCUACCUGGCCCACAUUUCCUUCCAAAGAGCCUUCAACCCAAUGGACCACCAUGUCAUCCAAGAGAUCAAGUACUACAAGAAAGAUGUUGAGGAUCGGCACAUGUGGACGAGGGAGUCAUCGAAAGCAAGGCAGAAGACGAAUAUUGGGUUCACGGCGAGGGUGGAGGCCAAGAUCAGGCAUUUGAGAGGAAAGUUGCAGAAGAAGUAUUCGUCAAUGGCCAUGCAAGCUGGAUCAUAACAUCAGCUGUUUAGUUCAGCUUAUUCUUCUUGUUGAGGUUUUAUGGCCUUCUCUUUUCCUUUUCUUCCCCCCCCCCCCCCUUUUUAACCCAUUCAGUUACAUGGGGAUGAUUCAAAGGUCCCAUCAUAUAUCAGCAUUGAGGUUUGUAAUGUCUGUACAAUAUUUUAUAAGAUUCAUUGAGUUGCAGAUUGUGAAGAUGGUAGAUACAUAUACAGUUUUGUUUCCAUAGACUGUUCGUUUAGGCCCACUGUAAAAUACCAUCCUGGCAGUUGGUUUGUGCAAUUUGUUGGUUUCUAUUUAGACCUAUGGACUUGAAUGCUGGUUGUUUGAUUCUCA